AAUGAUAUUAAUUAGAUUUGUAUAAUGAUUUCAGGCCAGCAAGGUCAGCAAGGCGAACAGGAAUUGGCAACGAAGAUGUUGCAGAUCCAGAGUAAAAGAUUCUAUCUUGAUGUAAAACAGAACAGACGUGGGAGGUUUAUCAAAGUAGCCGAGAUCGGCGCCGAUGGAAGAAGAAGCCAAAUCUACCUGGCACUUAGCACAGCAUCCGAGUUUCGGAAUUACCUUUCGACGUUUAGUGACUUUUAUGCAUCUUUAGGUCCACCAAACUCGGAGAACGUGCCAGACGAUGGGAAAUUAAAAUCAGAAGUGAUGACAAAGGAUAAUAGGCGGUAUUACUUGGACCUCAAGGAAAAUACUCGCGGCCGUUUCCUGCGGGUGAGUCACCCUGUGUCGCAGACGAUAACACGAGGAGGACCCAGGACGCAGAUCGCGAUACCAGCACAGGGUAUGAUCGAGUUCCGUGACGCGUUGACAGACCUCCUCGAAGAAUACGGUACGGACGAUGGCGGUUUCAAGGGUGACUUACCAGAGGGACGAUACAUGCGCGUGGAUAGCAAGAAUUUCUAUUUUGAUAUCGGCCAGAAUAACCGUGGUAUCUACAUGAGAAUUUCUGAGGUGAAGACACACUUUAGAACAGCAAUCACCGUACCAGAAAAAUCCUGGGAGCGUUUUCGUGAUAUAUUCGCAGAUUAUUGUGAAAGAAUGCGAGAAAGAGGCGCUGGGAGCAACGUCGGCAUGAACAGCGGUGGCGGAGGAAAUGUCUUGCCCGAGGGGAGGGGCUCGGUGGUGGCACAGGUACCAUCACCAUCGACCUCACAACAGCCUAACCCCAAUCCAAAUUUAGACUCUCCUUUAAUGAAGUGAAAAAGGCUUUAACUUAACUUGAACAUUGGAAUUAUAACCGUAACUCGUUUUCAAGUCAUUAAGCGAACUAAAGGAACUUGUCAGAGUCUAUGCCAUCGUCAUCGCCAUUUUCAUCGACAUCGUCAUCGUCAUUGUCACCGUCACCGUCACCGUCACCGUCACCGUCAUCGUCAUCGUUAUUGUCAUCGUCAUUGUCAUCGUCAUCGUCAUCGUUAUC